AGAAUCCUCUGGUGUUCUCAGAACAGUGGACUGACCAGCCCAGAGUCCAGACCUCAACGUUGUUAAAUUAGUUUGGGAUUACUCGGAUUGUGAGAAGCAGAAGAUGAAACCAAUGUCAAAGACUGAACUUUGGAGGAGUAGAAAAAUAUUUUAGCAGGUUUCUUUAGAAAACUAAAAAAAAAGUCUUAAGUCUUCAUAUAUGUUCAUAUAUUCUUAUUGAUUCCUCAUGUUUACAUCACCUUAUAUGCCUCAUCCCAAUAAAAGUAUCUUCACUCCUUCUGAACGUUUACUGCUGAGGCUUUGUCCCCUCAUGAGGCUUUUUCCCCUCAGUUUCCUGUUGUAGUUUGUGUGUUACCAGGAGCUGAUUGCUCGACAUUUUGCUCCUCCCUCACACACAGUAGUUUGUACCCAAGCUGCAACAAAUAUGACUGAAGUUAACUGAAGAAGAAUGAAACAUGAGCACAACGAUGCACUGGAGAAUACUGAUCUUGUAUGUUGGCAUGUGUACACCUCUGAGUUUCUCCAGAGAAAUCCCAGGCGAAGCCAUAGUGAUCAGACCAAACUGCAACAGUGAAGCCGUCCUGCCCUGUGCUGCCAAAUCUUAUAGUCAUGCAUACACCUCCAUCAUCUGGUACAAGAUCUACCAAAGCAAAGAACACGGCAUCAUCAUACACCAAAGAGGGGAAUCAACCCCAUAUUCAAGAUACAAAGGAAUAGUGUCUCUCACAAAGGACUAUUCUCUCGUCCUGAAGAACGUCACUUUGGAACAUGCAGGGAUGUACAAGUGCCACAUUACUGCAAAAGUGGGAGAGAAAAAUAACAACUCGCAAAUCAUGCUCAAUACCUCAGAGUGUAUCACGGAGACAACCCCAGCUCCAGUCUUCACAGCUCCUGUGUUGAGUUUUACUCAUUCAGCUUCUCAUGGAAUGAACUCUUCUGAGAUCAGUGUGAUUCAGCCGGUGGAGGUGACCACCUUGUGGGCCUUUGUGGGUGUCCUAACUGUAGGCCUAACCAAAGUUCUGCUCUGUGCUCUCUGUGUGUGGGUAUGUGUUCUUAUAGUGCUGGAAAAUUUGAAAAGUCUUAUGAAUAGCAUGCAAAUUGACCAACGUUACUUCAGUUUUAUAUUAGCAGUGAUGGGCUCUUCACAAGGAAUGUGAUGUAUUGAACUGACUCAGAUGCGCAUGUGGUAUAACCAGCCAUAGAAUGAUGACUGAUUUAUGGCAGACAUUUUGAAGCUAACAGUGAGGCUUAAUCUGACAUCCUGGUUUUCCCCAUAUCUACUGUUUUCUCCUUGUUGUUAAUAUCCAGACUACUGAGUGUUUGCUUAUGCUAUGAGUAAAAUGUGGUUGCACCUUACUUGAGCCCUGAACAUAGCAAUGGCAUAACCAUGUUCUAAACAAGUCAUGGAAGAUAUCAUAUGCUGAGUUAUCAUGACUGAUUAUGUCCAGCAGCAUAACAGUGUCAUGUUACCAUUACCAUUAACUGUUGACUUAUGUAAUAAUGUUGGUGACACUUUAUACCAAAAACGGUUUAGGUUUUUGUUGAGGUUAAGGAUUAGGGCCAUGGUUAGGAUUAGGUACUGGGUAAGGUUGGGUAAGGUUAGCUUUUGCGUAAUGGGAGUAAGAUAUUACCAAUACAUCUACUUAAUGUAAGCAAGAUAUUAACCUCUAUGUAUUCAGAUGCUUCCCUACUGCUACUUCACUGAUAUGUUGUUGAUGUAUUACUGGUACUCUGUUAAGAGUUUAUUAAUCAUCUACAAAGGACCACUCCAAAUAAAGUGUUACCAUAAUGUUUGACAUCCUGAUGACUAUCUAGAGUAUACAGCAAAAAAAUUAGCAUGUGUUAUCAGCUGUCUUGAUAUCAAACAUUAUGGCAUCUAUUAUGACGAUUACUAGCAAUAUGACACUGCAGUAUUCCUGGACAAAAUAUGUUGAGACAUCUCAUAUGACAUCGUCCAUGGCAUGUUUAUGGUAUGCUGUUGCUGUUGUUGUUGUUGUUGUUGUUAUGAUAA